AUGGAGCGGUGCGGGAGCUGGUCCGAGUCCGACGCCGCGGCGCAGGCGGCAGCGCAGAAGGCCGUGCCGGCGCCGUUCCUGACCAAGACGUACCAGCUCGUCGACGACCCCGCCACCGACCACAUCGUCUCCUGGGGCGACGACCGGGUCUCCACCUUCGUCGUCUGGCGCCCGCCGGAGUUCGCCCGCGACAUCCUCCCCAACUACUUCAAGCACAACAACUUCUCCUCCUUCGUCCGCCAGCUCAACACCUACGUAAGCGGGUUCCGCAAGGUCGUGCCGGAGCGGUGGGAGUUCGCCAACGAGUUCUUCCGCAAGGGGGAGAAGCAGCUGCUCUGCGAGAUCCACCGCCGGAAGACGUCCGGGUCCACCACGUCGUCGUCCCCGCCGCCCUUCUUCGCGCCCCCGCACUUCCCGCUGUUCCACCCGGGCGUUUCGGUCGCGCAUCACCACCAGCAGUUCGUGGGCGAGGACGGGGCAAUGGCGGCGCACGCUGGCAUGGGCGUCCCGUUCAUGCAGCCGCAUUGGCGCGACCAGGGCGCGCCUCGGCUGCUGGCGCUGGGCGGCCCCGCCGCGCCCUCGCCGGGGGCGGACGGCAACGGCCGCGCGUCCAGCGCGGCGGUGCUGAUGGACGAGAACGAGCGGCUGCGGCGCAGCAACACGGCGCUGCUGCAGGAGCUGUCCCACAUGCGCAAGCUCUACAACGACAUCAUCUACUUCGUGCAGAACCACGUGCGCCCCGUGGCGCCCAGCCCGGCUGCGGCCACGUUCCUCCAGGGCCUCGGCAAUGGCAUGCAGCCGCGCAAGAUGCCGCCGGCCAGCACCGGCGCCGGGAACGGGCUCAACACCUCCGGCGGGAGCACGACGUCCAGCAGCUCCCUGACCAUCGCCGACGAGCUCUCGCCUCCGCCCAACCACCUCUCCGCGGAGAAGAGCGGCGGAGAGGCCGGCAGCAGCAGCGCGGCUCUGUCGGCGCCCACGAAGCUGUUCGGCGUGCACCUCAGCGCCGCCCCGGUCGGCGCGGGGAGCAAGAGACCGCCUUCCCCCGAGGAGGAGCUGCCGUCCACGCCCCCUGCCACGAAGGCCCGGCUGGCGCUCGAGAACGACGACCUGAGCCUGUCCGUGGCGCCGCCGUCGCAGCCUUGCGCCGCCUCGUCUCCAGCUAGGAGUUAG